AUGGCAGCAGAAGCUCAGAAUGGGGUCUCACCGCAGCUGCGGAAGAAAGUCCUGCGGGUUCUUGUGAUAUCCUUGAUUCUGGAUCUGAUAUCCUUCACAUUCAUCCUUCCACUAUUUCCCAAACUGCUCGAGUUCUACCGCAACCUCGAGACCAAGUCGACCAACAACCUUUUCUCGCAAGUCCUCUACGGCUUGAAUGCUUACAAGGCGUCGUUCAAGAGGCCCAUCAAUGAUCGCCAUGACAUUGUACUACUCGGAGGAGCACUCGGCUCGCUGUUCUCGUUAUGCCAGGCGGUUGCUUCGCCCAUCAUCGGGACUCUUUCAGAUCGGUAUGGCCGUCGAACAGCUUUGCUGUGGGCCAUGGUUGGCAACAUCGCCUCAGUGGCUCUAUGGUGUGCCGCAUCAGACUUCAGAACUUUCCUAGCCAGCAGAGUCGUUGGAGGUCUCAGCGAAGGCAAUGUUCAACUCGCUAUUGCAAUCGCCACCGAUAUCUCGACCGAUCAAGAUCGUGGCAAGACAAUGGCUUUGGUGGGAGCUUGCUUCUCCAUUGCCUUCACCUUUGGCCCAGCUUUGGGAGCUUUCCUCGCCAACAUCAGCACCGUUGCUGCCAACCCAUUCGCAACCGCUGCAGGCGUCUCUCUGGUGUUGAUCGUCACUGAAACAGUCUACUUAUACUUCGCUCUCCCCGAAACGAACCUCAAAAGUCAAGAGCCGAAACAGAAUGGCAACACCGAGAAGGCCAAGCCACAGGCGAAACACGAGCGAACAAACUCCCACCUCCUCCUCAACCUCACCCACUUCAGCUUCAUCCUCUUCUUCAGCGGUAUGGAGUUCUCGCUCUCCUUCAUGACAUACGAUCUCUUCGCCUACGAAUCGAAGCAAUCCGGCCGUCUUUUGGGAUUCGUCGGCCUCGUCGCCAGUAUUCUGCAGGGUGGUGUGACCCGACGAAUGCAUCCUUUAAGAGUUGUCCAGCUGGGUGUUGUGAGCGCAGCCGCAGCUUUCUUCACGCUCGCGAAGCUGCAAAGUGAGAAGACACUGUACAUUGCAGCCGUGCUGCUUGCAGUCACCAGCAGCACCGUCGUCACAGGCCUGAACAGCCUCUCAAGCUUCGAGGCGAGCAUAGACGAUCGUGGAGCGAAGCUGGGCAAUCACAGAAGCUUUGGACAAGCUGGAAGAGCAAUUGGUCCGAUUCUGUUCUGCUCGCUUUACUGGUGGGCUGGAAGAGAUAUUGCAUACAUUAUUGGAGGUUCAGGCAUGGUGGCAGUCGCUGGACUUGUGUUUGGAGGUCUCAAGCCACCGAAAGGGCUUGAAGUCAAGAAGCCAGCAAAGGCCAAUGCAAACGGCAGUGCAGUCAAGAAGGCAGCUUAG